UGUUUGCCUUCUUAGAUAAUACUUAGUAGACUUUAGAAAUUCAUAGACUCCUGACUCCCCUAUAUUAGCAAUAGUCGCUCGCUGUUCGCAUUCGUGGCGUUUAUAAUGUCCGAGGACACAGGUUUGUAAUCCAAACCUGCAGCUGUCAAAAUGAAUACGGUUCUCUACUGUACGUACCACCAUUCUACCGUAACGUCCCCUGCAACCUACCGUAUCGCAUGUCCUCGUGCGUCAGCGUUGCAAGUGGAGUGAGUCCUCUGUGGGGAGACGAGAACACGGACGGUACAGAAGAAGCAAUGCUGCAUCAGUUAAAACCUGGAAAACUUGCGGCCAAAUCGUUCGAUUAUACCGAUAAGAUAGAAGUUACCACCAGAUUCUGACCAGGGCUGAAUGCAAGAAGGGACCUGUUUAUCCUGAAACUCUAAAAGGCUGAAAGAAUAAAAAAUUUUACUGUAAAAGAGGCACGAAGAGGC